CCGUGUUUGUUAUUGUUACCACAUUCUAAACAUAGAAAUAAUGUUAAAAAAGUAAAAGAAGACCAUUCACAUUGUUUCUUUUUUUUCUUUUCUUCAUAUAAAAAUCAUCAUUUUUUCUCCUAAUCCUCAUACAAACAACACUUGAUUCCCCUUCCUCUUUCCCCCAACACCUGAACAAAAAAAAAUAAAAUCUGUUGGGGGAAGGUUUUUAAAAACUCAACAUUCCACCAUUUUUUUUUUCUGCGGAAACUUUUAUCUUUGAAUCUGAAUCUUUCGAACGCAGUGCGACGCUAAGAUAUUAAUUAUUUAUAUAUAUAAAAUAAAAAAUGACUUUCAAGAAGCUGAAGAAGCGAUGUACUCUAACCUCGGAGAUGGAACACAAUGUGAAGCGAAUGCUGCAGCUAAUUGAAGAUGGUGGAGAUUCAUUUGCACAAAAGGCUGAGAUGUAUUACCAGAAAAGGCCAGAGUUGAUUGCACUUGUUGAAGAAUUCUAUCGAGGAUACAAAUCUUUAGCAGAACGCUACGAUCAUGAUGUUCAAUCAUGUCAUUCAGAUAACGGUUCUGAAUCACACGCACCAAUGAAUCCUCGCCGCGGUUCCAGCUAUAGAGCCCCAGGGUUUGAUUUCUUCCUUGGUUCUUCCAAUGCUGUGAAUAACAGCAAUUGUUUCUACGAUGCAAUUCACAAAGAUGGAGACGGAUCUUCGACUCUGACGGAUUCCGACGAUGAAUCUUCGGAUAAUUCUUCUGUCCAGAGUUUUAAUUCUGGAUUCUACAGUGGUAGUGGCAGUGAUAGCGGUAUGAAUAGGAGGAUCUUGGAAGUGGAAAUGGAUCUUCCUCGGGAUGAACAAGAAUUGAGGAAUGUGAAUGAGAGAUUUAGGGUUUAUGAGGAAGAAAUUUACAAGCUCAAGGUUGAGCUUGAGAAAUAUAGAUCAAUGGAAUUGAUGAAUAAUUUGCAUAAUAAUAACAAUAAUGUUAAUGAAUCAUUAUCACCGACACUGCAAAUUUCUUUGUUGAAGGAUCAGAUUAGCGUGGCCACGAAGGAAUCCGAGUUUUGGAAAGUGAAAUUCAACUCCGAGAAAAGAGAGCGCGUGAAGCUGAAAGAAAAGAUGGCGGAGAAAUCGCAAUUGGAAUCGGAGUUGAGAAGGGUUUUGGAUGAACAGAUUCAGUUGGAGGAAGAAAUUAAGAAGAUGGAAUGCGAAAUGGAGUUAUUGAAUGGAGAAAUUAAGGGGAGAGAAAGGAACAUAGAGGAACUGAAUGGUGAAAUUUGUGCCCUAAAAGAAUUGGUGGUUUCAAAAGAUGUUGAAAUUAAGAAGAUGGUGGAAGAGAAUGAAAGGUUGAAAGAUGAAAUAAUUGAAGGGGGUGAAGAGAAAAGAGAAGCAAUAAGACAAUUAUGCUUCUCACUUGAACAUUACAGGAAUGGUUACAAUGAUCUUAGGCAAGCUUUCAUACGCCACAAGAGGUUCCCAGUUUUGGCUUCAUAAAUCAUGAUUAAUAAUUAAUGAUGAAUAAUUAUGCAUCAUUGAUUAUUGUAAAAUACUAGCAUAAUCUUCUUGUAAUUUUUUUCCUUCUAAUUCUGUAUCUGAGAUGUGUGACUUUCUUAUACUUAGGGGGUAUAAUUGUAAUAAACAUGACCCCAGGAUAAGAAGGUGGAUAUGUGUUUUUCCUGUGCAUAUGUUUAUGCCACGUGUCAUCCGAUUCAGGUUAGGAGAAGGUUGUGUGUAUGGGACCACCCUUUUGUUUAGAGGGGGUUCCAAUGAUGAAUAGAAGAGACUGGGAACUUUGCUUGGUCUGGUCUUUGGGACCUGCUGGCUGCUGUAUAUUUGGAGCCAUUUAAAAUGUAUCAAAAAAUAGGGAAUAAAGAAAAAAAAUGGAGAUGUUUGUGUCUCCAUCUUGUGUUUGACGUUAA